UGAGUUCUCGUGCAAUCUCGCGAUGGCUGACUGAAAGACGAGAUCACAGCACGGCAAAAAUGACGUCUUGUCAACAACACUAACAAAGACAUGCCACUAAGUCUCACCGAAUAGCCAUCCAUCCAUCAGUGCCUGCAUCCCUCUGUCCCCAUGGCAACCCCUCCUCUGGCCCCGUUCCCCGGGCAACAGGCUCAGGCAGCUCGGGAUGUGAACACAGCAUCACUAUGUCGGAUCGGACAGGAGACGGUGCAGGACAUCGUCUUACGAACCAUGGAGAUCUUCCAGCUGCUGAGGAACAUGCAGCUGCCCAACGGAGUCAGCUAUCAUCCCAACACUCAUCAGGACCGCUUGGGGAAACUGCAGGAGCACCUGCGGAUGCUCUCCGUGCUUUUCCGCAAACUCCGCCUUGUCUAUGAUAAAUGCAAUGAGAACUGCGCUGGUCUGGAGCCCAUUCCUCCUGAGCAACUGAUCCCCUAUGUAGAGGAUGACAGUCCUAAACUAGACGAGCGAAUGACAAAUCAAACGCGUGUAUCCAGCGAAGAGAGGAGAGAAGUACUGGAAGUUAACAAGCAAACGGAGAGUUUGGGGCGUGGCUACUGUAGCAGACGGAUAGUUUUGGGCGUGGCUACUGCAGCAAAUGGAGAGUUUGGGGCGUGGCUACUGAGUUUGGAGCAUGGCUACUGUAGCAGACAGAUAGAUUGGGGCAUGGCUACUGCAGCAGAUGGAGAGUAUGGGGCGUGGCGACUGAGUUUGGAGUGUGGCUACUGCAGCAGAUGGAGACAGAUGGAGAGUUUGGGGUGUGGCUACUUCGUUUGGGCCGUGGCUACUGCAGCAGAUGGAGAGUUUGGGGUGUGGCUAUGUGCGGCAAAUGGAGAGUUCGAGGCAUGGCUACUGCAGCAGAUGGAGAGUUUGUGGCGUGGCUACUGA